UAAAGAAUUCAUUUCUCUGUCACUCUCAGACUCAGUUGCUUAGCUCCUCUCUCCUCUUCCUGCUAGUAAAAGCAACGGCUGUGAUUGGAAUAGAUGGCUUCGGAUGCAAUCCAUGGCCCCACAUUCUCUCUGCUAAACGAGACGACAUUCUCUCUUCUUAUUGUUUUGUCUUUCUUCAUAAUGGCCUCCAAGAACCAGAAAAAGGCCUCCAAGAACCCAGAACAACAUCACAAGUUCCCUAAAUGAAAAAAGCUUAUUACAUCUGUGCCAAGCCUAGGAAAGCCGGUAAUUCCUUCAAUAGCAGCGGAUUCUGUGGAGGUGAGUAGUAGUAGGUGACAAAAAGUUGAAGAAAUGGUUGGGCCCACCCACAACGGCAUUAUUCGGCGAGCAUUUUCCGUUGUAAAUGGCGGCCAAGAUCUUCUUCCAAAUAGUAAUCCACCGAGUAAUGCUGGAUCAGAAUAUGGUGGUAUUGAGUUCACAAGAGAGGAUGUUGAUGCACUGUUGAGUGAGAAAAUGAAGUACAAAAACAAGUACAAUUACAAGGAGAGGUGCGAUAAUAUGAUAGACUAUGUAAGGAGGCUUAGACUAUGUAUCAGAUGGUUUCAGGAGCUUGAGGGAGAUUAUUUGUUUGAGUUGGAGAAGUUGAGGAAUGAGCUAGAAUUGACUGAAAGGCAAUUAGCUGAAAUGGAGGUGCAGUUUAAAAACAAAGAUGAAGAACUGAAUUUGGUUAUUGCGGAAUUAAGAAAGAGUCUUGCAUCCUUACAAGAGAAACUUAGCAAAGAAGAAUCAGAUAAAUUGGUUGCAAUGGAUGCUCUUGCAAAUGAGAAAGAGGCUAGAAUGAGUAUGGAGAAGUCACAAGCAAAUCUCUCAGAGAAGCUUGGCGAAGCUCAAGGAGAGCUCCAAAGUGCUAAUCAGAGGAUAGCAUCCAUUAAUGAUAUGUACAAGUUACUCCAGGAAUACAAUUCAAGCUUACAGGUGUACAAUGGUAAGCUUCAGACAGAUCUUGAUGCAGCCCAUGAAACUAUUAGGCGUGGAGAGAAAGAGAAAGCUGCCAUAGUAGAGAACCUUAGCAACUUAAGGGGUCAAUACCAAUCUUUGCAGGACCAGUUUACGUCAUCAAAAGAUUCUUUACAUGAAACUACGAGACAUAAGGAUGCUUUAUUAAAUGAAGUUGUUAGCCUUAGGGCAGAGUUACAACAAGUUAGAGAUGAUCGUGAUUGCCAGCAAUCGAAAGCGCAAGCUUUAACAACAGAGUUGGCGAAUUACAAAGAGCUGGCAAUAAAAUCAAAUGAAUUAGAGACAAGAUGUUUAUCACAAAGUAACCAGCUAAGGAUGGUACAGGUCCAACUAGAAGCUGCAGAGAAGAAAUUGCAGAUGUCUGAUAUGUCUGUGGUGGAGACGAGAGUUGAAUUUGAAGGGCAAAAGCAGCUCUUGAGUGAGUUGCAAAGCCGCUUAGAAGAUGCAGAAUUCAAACUAAUUGAAGGAGAGAGGCUGCGUAAGAAGUUGCAUAACACCAUUUUGGAACUAAAAGGGAAUAUCCGAGUAUUUUGUAGAGUGCGACCCCUGCUGCCUGAUGAUGUUUCUGGUGCUGAAGGGAAUAUUAUAUCUUAUCCCUCUUCAACAGAAGCUCAGGGACGGGGGAUUGAGUUGCUGCAAAAUGGACAAAAGCAUUCAUUCACUUUCGACAAAGUCUUCAUGCCAGAGGCAACACAAGAGGAUGUUUUUGUUGAAAUUUCACAGCUUGUUCAAAGUGCUCUAGAUGGGUAUAAGGUUUGCAUCUUUGCCUAUGGCCAAACAGGUUCAGGCAAAACCUAUACCAUGAUGGGUAAGCCAGGACAUCCUCACCACAAAGGGUUGAUACCCCGCUCAUUAGAACAAAUAUUCCAAACCAUACAAGCUCUUCAAGCUCAAGGCUGGAAAUAUGACAUGCAGGUGUCAAUGCUGGAAAUAUACAAUGAAACAAUUCGUGAUUUGUUGUCAACAAAUCGAGAUGCGUCAAGAAUAGAAAAUGGCACACCUGGCAAGCAAUAUGCAAUUAAACACGACGCAGAUGGGAAUACUCAUGUAUCUGAUCUCACGGUUGUGGACGUUUGCACUAGAAGAGAGGUUUCAUUUCUUUUGGAUCGUGCUGCUCAUAGUAGGUCUGUUGGCAAGACCCAGAUGAAUGAGCAAUCAUCAAGAAGCCAUUUUGUUUUCACAUUGCGGAUAUGUGGUGUCAAUGAGAGCACUGAACAACAAGUACAAGGUGUCUUGAAUCUCAUUGAUCUUGCCGGAAGCGAACGUCUUUCUAAGAGUGGCUCAACAGGGGACCGAUUGAAGGAAACCCAAGCGAUCAACAAAAGUUUAUCAUCUUUGAGUGACGUUAUUUUUGCUCUGGCAAAGAAGGAGGACUUUGUACCCUUCAGAAACUCAAAGCUCACUUAUCUACUUCAGCCAUGUCUCGGGGGAGACUCAAAGACCCUAAUGUUCGUUAACAUUUCUCCGGAGCCCUCCUCAAUGUGUGAGUCACUCUGCUCACUGAGGUUUGCAGCAAGGGUGAAUGCUUGUGAGAUUGGAGUUCCCAGACGACAAACCAAUGUGCGCACUUCAGAUUCUCGGUUGAGCUUUGGGAUAUAUGGCAGCUAAAGCAGUGAUUCUCCGUCUCCCUUAGAUCAGUAUAGCUUAUCUGGUCCAAGUACUCGUAAAUUGAAGAGAGUGGUUCUAACAUCUGUUGGUCAUAACUUGUAUAGAAAAGAAAUCAUUGCACCUGUAUAAUGACAUUUGACCAUUUAACAAAUAUCAUAUUUUAUGAGUUCUUCUGAACUGGUUUCUCUGCACUAACACUUCCUACAAAAUUCAGUGCAUUGUUGAA